GAAGGAAGACGAUAGUGAGGAGAAGCGCAUCCAGGCGGAGGUCAAGCGCCUGGUUCGUUUGAAGAAAGAGUUCGAGGAGUCGGAAGAGCAAGAGGAGCUCUCUGACGACAACAUGGCUGCAGCGCUCAGGGCUGCCCAGGAGAAGAUGGAUGGCGACGGGGAGGAGGAAGCCAAGCCGGGCGAUGGAGAGGCGACGCCGGCAGCGGAGGAAAGUGGGGAGGAGAAGCCCGAAGGUGACGAGAGCGAAGAAAGCGGCAAAGAUGAGGACGAUCCCAAGCCGACAGACGGGGGCGGAAGCAAG